AUGGUUUGGUUUAGCUUCAGCAUCAUUACUUGCUGGACCGCACUAGGAGGCGUGCUCAUAAUCGGGGUCAGGGCAGGUGACCCGCCCGUCAUGAUAUUCGGUUGGGUCAGGGUUUGUGUGUUCACAAUGUUGGUCGCCCUAGCUAUGGCCGAGUUGUGCUCGCGGUGGCCGGUAGCCGGUGAGCAAUACUCCUGGGUGGCAUUGCUCGCCCCGCGGCGAGUAUCUCUUCAACUAUCUUACGUGGCCGGGUGGUUCAUGCUGACAGGUGAUUCACCUACCCCGGUAGGUGCCCGGGCAUGUGCCUUUUCUCCAGUCCCAUACUGA